UUGCAUUUCUAGGCUGAACAGUGCUAAUCUGCUUUGGCCCCACCUCUUACUCAUUCUAGUCUCGGCACCAGCAGGACAAAAAAUUUAACUAUGCGACAAAUUUUCCUGAAGACAUUGCUCAACACAGUUCUGGAUAUGGAAGCUUUCCAAGGAAUUUUUUUAAAAGACAACCUUUUCAGUAGGAAUUGCUAGCACUAUGGUUGUUUAAUCCUGACACAUAGCGUAUUCUCUCAGGAAUUUUCUGUCAUCCAUGAAUUCAGCCAUCCAUCCAGUAAACAACGUUUAAUACAGGAUAAGUGCUAACCACCAUGUUUAGCACUGGGAGGGGCUGGGGGUGUGUUUAUUUUGGUACAUAAAUCGGUAGUGAGGUACCGAUUUAUGUGCAUUUAGCAGAUAGAUACCUGAGGUAUUCAUUCCAGCAGCAUUUCCCCUGUAUCUGGGAAGACCUCCUUGAUUUCCUACUAAUAUUAACUGUGUAACUUAUUUAUGUAUACGAGGCUCUGCCCCUGAGCUUUCUAUUCUGUUCUAGAGACCCAGUACCAGAAUAUUUAAAUCACGGUGGCGUUAAACACGUUUUAAUAUCUGAUAGGGCCAGUUUCUGCGCAUUGCACAUUUUUUUUUUCCUUUCAGGAACGCGUUCGGGCCCGCGGCAGGGGGCGGGGUCGCGCCUCCUCCGCGACUCUGGUUCCAGCGGAGCCUCAUGGACGCGGAGAUGGAAAUCCCAAGGCUGCUCCCGGCUCGCGGGUCGCGACAGGGCGGCGGCGCUGGCAGCCCCGGGGGCGGCGGCCGGAUCCACGGAGGUCCUGACCCGCGGGCCGGCCAGGCCCCCGCGCGCCGCCUCCUGCUGCUCCGGGGCCCCCAAGAUGGCGGGCCCGGGCUGCAGCGUGAGGAGGCCCGCGCGGCCUCCCCGGGCCUGGGCCCAAGCCCGUUGGUGCCGAGGCCCGAUCACGCUGGCGGCGGCGGCGGCGGCGGCGGCGGCGGCGGCGGCGGCGGCGGCGACGAUGACUUCUUCCUGGUGCUGCUGGACCCGGUGGGUGGAGACGUAGAUUCCACGGGCGCCAGCCAGGCCUUAGGGCCCCUACGGAGGGAGGAGGCCGGGCUGGGCCCACGGUUCCAGGGGCACGAAAGCGGCGCGAACCCCGAGGGCCGCCCUGCGCCGGGCCCCAGCUGCCUGUCCGCUAUCCGCGCCCCGGUCCCGGCCCUGGCCCCGAUCCCCGCCCCAGGCCUGGGCCCCGCCGCGGCCUUCGCGGGCACCGUCACCAUUCACAACCAAAACCUGCUGUUGCGCUUCGAGAACGGCGUCUUCACCCUGGCCACGCCCCCGCCGCCAGCCUGGGCGCCUGGGGUCGCCCCUGCCCCGCAGCCCGGGGGUCUGAUCGCCCCGCAAGCGGGGAUCCCGCACGCUGCGCAGCCUGGCGACUGUCCCGAGCUGCCGCCCGACCUCCUGCUGGCCGAGCGGGCCGAACCCGCUCCCGCCCCAGCGCUCCAGGAGGAGGCGGAGGGCCCGGUUGCUGCUGAGAGUCCCCGCGGGCCGCUAGGCCAGGGCCAGGGCGUGGUGCUGUACCUGUGUCCUGAGGCGCAGUGCGGACAAACCUUUGCCAAGAAGCACCAGCUGAAGGUGCACCUGCUGACGCACAGCAGCAGCCAGGGCCAGCGGCCCUUCAAGUGCCCCCUGGGCGGUUGCGGCUGGACCUUCACCACCUCGUACAAGCUCAAGAGGCACCUGCAGUCACACGACAAACUGAGGCCCUUUGGCUGCCCGGCAGAGGGCUGUGGCAAGAGCUUCACCACGGUGUAUAACCUCAAAGCACACAUGAAGGGCCAUGAGCAGGAGAACUCAUUCAAAUGCGAGGUGUGUGAGGAGACCUUCCCCACGCAGGCGAAACUCAGCGCCCACCAGCGCAGCCACUUCGAGCCCGAGAGACCCUACCAGUGCGCGUUUUCGGGCUGCAAGAAGACGUUUAUCACAGUGAGUGCCCUGUUUUCCCAUAACCGCGCCCACUUCAGGGAACAAGAACUCUUUUCCUGCUCUUUUCCUGGCUGCAGCAAACAGUACGACAAGGCUUGUAGGUUGAAAAUUCACCUUCGGAGCCACACUGGUGAGAGACCGUUCCUUUGUGACUUUGAGGGCUGCGGCUGGAACUUCACCAGCAUGUCCAAACUCCUAAGGCACAAAAGGAAGCACGACGAUGACCGGAGGUUCAUGUGUCCUGUAGAAGGCUGUGGGAAAUCUUUCACGAGGGCCGAACAUCUGAAAGGCCACAGCAUAACCCACCUGGGCACAAAGCCUUUUGCGUGCCCCGUGGAAGGCUGCUGUGCCAGGUUCUCUGCUCGCAGUAGUCUCUACAUUCACUCCAAGAAACACUUGCAGGAUGUGGACACUGGGAAAAGCCGAUGCCCAGUCUCCACUUGUAAUAAACUCUUCACAUCCAAGCACAGCAUGAAGACCCACAUGGCCAAAAGGCACAACCUGCGCCAGGAUCUCUUAGCUCAGCUAGAAGCUGCAAAUUCUCUUACGCCCAGCAGUGAACUUACCAACCAGGGACAGAAUGACCUCAGUGAUGCGGAGCUUGUGUCUCUCUUCUCUGAUGUGCCCGGUAAUAGUUCUGCUGCAGUAUUGGACACCGCAUUGGUGAACUCUGGGAUCUUGACUAUUGAUGUGGCUUCUGUGAACUCAACUCUGGCAGGGAAGCUCCCUGCGAAUAAUAAUAAUAAUUCCCUAGGGCAGGCGGUGGACCCUCAGGCCUUGAUGGCCACCAGUGACCUUCCUCAAAGUCUGGAUACCUCACUCUUCUUUGGAACGACAGCCGCUGGUUUUCAGCAGAGUCCCUUAGAUACGGAUGAUGUCUCAAGUCUAAGUGCGGGGCCGUUGGGAUCUCUGAGCUCUUUGGCUAUGAAAACCUCGAGUCAAGAGCCCCAAGCUUUGACCCCCAGCAGUAAGCUAACAGUAGACACAGAUGCUCUGACUCCUUCGAGCACCCUUUGUGAAAACAGUGUCUCGGAACUACUGCCGCCAACCAAAACGGAAUGGAACGUACAUCCUGACUCUGACUUCUUUGGACAGGAGGAAGAAACCCAGUUUGCAUUCUCCAAUCCAGCAGGAAACCAUGGGUCUCAGAAAGAAACAGAUCUUAUCACAGUGACUGGCAGCUCAUUUUUGGUAUGAACUAAACUCUAUUCAUUCCUUGCCACAUGGCUUACUUUUAUUGAUGACACUCAAGUUUAAGAGUAUUCUGGACUAAAUGUUUAAAUGCAGUCAUUUCUUACAGGUUUGAAAAAGAACAGAGCCCUGGGCUACAAGUUUGGAAAUUUAAAUUCUGAUCUUGAGUCUGGAACUGACAGGUUGUGUGACCCUGAGCAAGUCACUUAUCCUAUCUGAGCCUUAAUUUCCUUAUUUAUAAAAUGAGGUGGUUUGAAUAGAUGGUUUCUAAGGUUAUUUCAGCUCUAUUUUCAUCAUUUUGUGCUGUUUCUUGAAAAUUUUAAAUCCUUUUACGAUGAUUAACAAUUGCAUGUGCUCCUAAUGUAAUGAAAAAUGCAUUGAGAGUUAAUGAUCUGAGAAGAUGGAACUUUUGUUUAAAAAUUUAAUGGACAUUUUACACAGUGCUAAAAUAUUUCUAAAAUCUUGUGGUGAGCUUAAAAAGAAGAAAGCUGAAAAUCUGGAUUGGUUCUUUUUUCCUGUUUAUCUUUGUAAACUCUUUUUUUUUUUUUUUGAUGGAAGGCGUGUUGGGGAAAGUUCCAGGAAUUUGAUGAGACUCAGACUCAGAAAUACUGACUUUGUGGUGUUGAAUAAGUGGCCUUAUUAAGUCAUUUCCUCUCACUAACUCUCAGUUCCCUAGGUGUAAAGCUGUCAUUGUGAUUUACACAUACCUGAUGCAUUUUAUACUUCUUCUAUCCUAGUAGUUAUGUAUGGAGGGAAAAAUGUUUUGUAUUUUGGCAUGUUUUAGUGAAUUUUUACACUUUUCCUGCCCCUCUUAUUCCCUUCCUCAAAGAAAUUAUCAUAGUUUAACACCAUGCUCGUGUGCAGGCAGUAAUGCUUUAUGCCAGUUAAGAAACAGAAAAGGGAAUCUCUUUCUUCCACAGAUUAAGGAUUUUUCUCCACACUAUUCUGUGACUUUGCCAACCUGUCCAUUAGACCUGGACAGUGUCUUUACUCUUGCAUUCAAAGCCAUCCUGUAGAGUGACCGGAGAGCCUGUGGUUCCAAGGAAAUCUGGGAAUAGGCCAGAGUAAGGUUUUUCUCCCCUCUGUGCCCUGGAGAGCUCAUUGUUUGCCUUCUACCAGAGUUCGAAUGAGAGUUUUACUUUGCAUUUUGAGUAAAUAUAGUCUGUCUUACUUGAGUAUAGCAUUUUACAGUUUAUGUAGCACUUUCACAACUGUUAUAUUUGUUCCUCACAAUAUUUUGAGAUAGUUAUGGCAAAAUUUCAACUAUAAGACAUAUUAAAAUGUAUCUAACUCUUGCUUAGUAACUCUUAAUUGUGUGUGUGUGUGUGUGUGUGUGUAUGCACAUCAACUUUCAUUUUACUCUUCUGAGUUUCAUGAUGACUUUUGUUUAUAACCACUUGUUCCAUUCCACAUUAAUAUAUGUCUCUUACCUUCUGCCAGCUCUGCUCCCUCUCCAACCUAUUCUCUAGCAUGUCCACUCCAUUCCUUGCCAUGGUCUCUCUCUUUUUUUAAUUAGGUAAGUCUUUUUCAUGGUCACCAUCUCUCAGCCAUUCAGGACAUGGCCCAUUUUUCAGUCCCAAUAUUUACUGCAAGUCUGAGUGUGUAUUAAGAAAUUAUUUUCUGUAUUUAGAGGUCAGUGUGUUUAUAUAUGAAUCAAAUAAUAAUGGAAAUAUUUUAUAUAAGGUUUUAUGAGACAUGUAGUUCUUCUAUUCUUCUAAAAUUUUUCAACAUGGAGUUCUGCUAGUAAACACUCUUAGUUGCUGUGAAACAUUCUAAUCAGUACUGUUUGUAUGUACAUUUGUCGAUAACAAUUAUAGCACUUUGGCAGUGCACUUUAUAAUUUGCCAUUUUGAAAUGCAUCUGUACUGUCUAAUUUUUAAAUUGGUUGUACUCAUUCAGUGAAAAAGCAAAAGGUAUACAUAAAUUUGUAAUCCGAAGAAAUGGUCAGAGUGUGAUUGUUUGUAACCAUUUAACAGUUCUCCCUCAGCACUUUGGAAGGAUUUUUAAGCCAAUUUUAGAAAUGUGUUGUCAUUAGUUAAGUCCUCUUAAAUAAGUUAUUCUUCUUUUCCUACAGAUAGGAAUGCAGAAAUCCCAGGUGAACAUGCAGGUCUUAAGCAUCUGUUAAUAUAUAUACUCAUAAAAAUAUUUUAAAAUCCUGUCAUUUUGUUUCUUCAGUCCCUCAUUAAAAACAAUCAUAAAAUAUGCUUUUGUUCUAUUAUGUGGAAUUGUCAAAGGACAGAUU